CACUUUUAGUAUACUUGCUCUGCAGUGAAGGACAAGGCGACUGAAAGGGAUGGCUUUUUCCUUUUAGACUCUCCUUUUUCUUCAUCACUGUCCCCUCUCUGGUUCUAGUCCGCCAAAUUAUUCAGUCUCUUAUAAACACCAAUCUCUUAUUAUUUUGCAACUCUCUAGAAAGCAAAACACAAAACGCGGUUUUUAUUAUUAUUAUUUUUUUAGGCAAAUGGGAUCUGAAGCAGAGCCAGAGUCAAGCUCCACACCGAAGCUGCCUCUGUUUUCACUCCCACCACCAAUGCAAUCGCCAGAACGUCCUGGAAUGCUAACCCCACCACUCUACGCCUCUGUAUCAGUACCAUUUAGGUGGGAAGAAGAGCCUGGAAAGCCAAGAACUUGCAAUGCUCUAGCUACCAUUUUCAAUCCCACAGACAUAACCCCAAAGUGCUUAGAACUUCCUCCAAGGCUUUUGUUGGAUACAAAACUUCCUUCACCCACCACUGUCUUCGAAGGUCCUUACGUGAGCAGGUCAAGAUUUCAGUCAUCUUCUUUUAGGAUUGGUAAAGAGUGUUAUGGUUCUUUUAGUCCUGAGAGAGGGAGGCUUGGUGCUAUGGUUCUUAGCAAGAAAGGAGUCAAGGAAAGAGGGUGGUUUGGUUCAUGGAGGAGGAGAGUGAUAAAGGGUAAUAAAGAUGUCGGUGGUGGGAGUAGUUAUGUUUUUCCAUCUUCUGUGGACAGAGAGAAUGGUGAUGGUGGUGGCAACGAGGGAGAGAGGGAGAAUACCGGUGGAAAGGUGAAGAUGACAAGGAUUAGAAGAGGUGGGAGCUUCUCUAAUAUUACCUAUCCAAGGUCUUCCUUCUGGGAAACCAUCUAUGAGGGCUUGAAGCAUGCAGUCCCAUGGAAGAGCAGAAAACUGAAGAAUGGAUUCUGAUUGAGAUUCUACUCUGAGGACUCCAAGUUACGUCUAUAUCAAUUAUCGGAUAGACUGAAAAAGUCUGAUAUCUUCCAGCGUUUUCUUUUACCUCUUUAGCUUCAUACCUUAACAACUGGAGCGUUUUUAAAUAGCCUGUUAUCUUCAAAACUUUAUCUCCGGUAUGUAUAUUAUGGUCUAUGUUAUGUAACCCAACUCUAAAUAUAGAAUCAAUUUUUAUAUAUUUUAGAAUUA